ACUUCGCUUCACCUCACAUUCCAGCAGAGGCGUACACGGAGCAGUGUGCACGCGCAGCCAUGUGUUGAACUUCCUGCAGGAGAAGGAGGGUAGAGGCGUGACGUCGCUGCCCGCAGAGAGGCCCGUGCGGCGGGGGGGAGGCAGCCAGAGACGCGCCGUGCGGGGACCGACGCUGCCGCUACCGCAGAGCAGAGCAGCGAGGGCACCGAACCAGCCGGGCGACCGCGGCGACUUCCCCCGCAGACAACCGGACACAGCACACGGCCAUAAUGCGGCAGCGCCCGCCGAGCCCGGAGCUGACGUGACAGCGCACAAACCGGAGGAAGCGGAACCCCCCUGUCCCCCGGUGGCCUCGGGGAGCGCGGCGGCUCGCUCGGUGCGUCUGGAGGAGGCUGCAGACAUGUCCUCGCUAACCGUGGAGGAGGAGGAGCAGACAUGGGUACCGACGCACGUCCAGGUGACGGUGCUCAGAGGCAGGGGCUUGCGGGGCAAGGGCAAGCACGGCACCAGCGACGUGUACGCCAUCAUCCAGCUGGGGAAAGAGAAGUACUCGACCGGCGUGGCGGAGAAGACCACCGAGCCGGAGUGGAGGGAGGAGUGCUCCUUCGAGCUGCAGCCCGGCGUGCUGCAGGGCGGCGGGCGGAGCGGCUACCCGGCCGGGGGCAGCGAGCUGGUCCUCACCGUCAUGCACCGGGCGCUGAUGGGGCUGGACGUGUUCCUGGGCCAGGCUGUGGUUCAACUGGACGAGGUGUUCAACCAGAGCCGAUGGGUGAAAAACCAGUGGUACAGACUCAACUCCAAAACCGGGAAGAAGGAGAAGGAACGAGGAGACAUUCAAGUCAGCGUCCAGUUCACCAGGAACAACCUGACGGCCAGCAUGUACGACCUCGUCAUGAAGGACAAGGGCACCUCCACCUUCAAUAAGCUCAAAGAGCGCAUGAGGGGGAAGAGGAGAUCCAGUGAGGAGGACUCCUCCUCGGCCGUGGUGCCCGGUGGGAACGGGUCCGGGAGUCGGGUGAGGACCCGGCUGCCGAGCGAUGGAGGCGGCGAGGAGGACUACGAGGACGACGAGGGGGGGGAGGCCCGGCGCAGCAAGAUGAGGACCUUCUUCCUCCGAGGGAAGCUGAGGAAGUCGUCGGACACUCGCUCCAGCACGUCGCUCGGCUCAGAGAGCAGCGAGUCGUCUCGGGGGGGCAGCCUCAGUCCCACAGCCGGCAUCAGUGUGGUGGUUUCUGACCUCUCCAACUCGCCCAGUAACAGCAGCAACCUGACGGCAGACUACUCCCCAGAGCACACGGAAAACACGUCGCCCAAGUCGUCCUCGCUCAGAUGUGACUCCGGCGACGAGGCCGGUGAGAUCACCAUAGCAGUGCCUCAGCUUACUGUCAACGGAAGCCAUGCUUACAAAGUCCAGCCCCUGGACCCAGGCUCAGGAAAACCCGUCGACUCGUUAGGCCUGGGACUGCUGCAGAAGUCUCUGCCCGUGUCGGUGUCGCUACAGAACCUCAGCCCGCAGGCGUCCGCCGACCCUCACAAAGCCCCCGGGGGCGACGGGCGCCGCUGGUCCUUUGACAAACCCGGCGAGGAGGAGAAAGCAGCCAUAGCAGCGGCUUUGGAGCAAAGCAGGCCCAUGCAGGGUGAAGAGGAGGAAGAGGAGCGUUUGGGCCGGGCCGCCCUAUCAGAGAGCCAGGGGAAGACGCAGAGGGGGAAAGGGUCCAAGGACGGGUCGGAGGGGCCCCCCGCGGCCACCCCGGAGAAACACAAGGGCUGGUUCGGAUCCAAGGACUCGCACUGCAAACCCAGCCUGGUGGUGUCACCUAAACUAGACCCCAACACUGAUCCCCUCCCCUCUAGUCACCCCCCCUCGGGUCCCCCUGUUGAUCUUACCUCUCUGGUUUCUCCGCUGCAUCCCACUAACCCCUUCUGCCGCUCACAGACCUCACCGCCUCCCAUAUCCCCCUGCAACCCUUUCUUCCCUGUCCGCAAGCACAACCCUUUCUAUGACGACAUGCUAACCACUCAGGACCCAACACCCCCAUUGCCUCCUCUGCCCUAUCUCUCCAGCUCCCGGCCCCCCAUAGCUCAGCUCUUUCCGCAGGCGAGUAACCCCAGCCACACCGUGACCCGCGACAACCCAGCCACAGGGGACUCCGUCGUUGGCACCGAUGUUGCGACGGGUGAUGGGAUGGCCGAAGUUGAGAAAGGUCUCCUUCCUCUUGCCUCCGACCCUUUAAUGUCCGCUGGGCAGCUGGAGCCAGAGUCGGAGUGGGACGAGUCUUUUGAAGCGUUUGCAGCUGGCAGGCUGCAGUCUCCAGAGGACCUGAGCACAGAUUGCAAAACACAGCAGAACACGCCCAGUGACUAUCCGUUGGAAAACUGCAAUAAUAAAGAAACGUUACUGCCCAUAACGGAUCGGAACACUAGUGAAAGUGACGCACUACAUCAUCACCCCUGCAGGACAGACCCGUCCGACGCUCAAGGAGCCACUGACACAUUUGCACAAUUCCUUGAAACAAUCCCAGAACGGAUCAAGUCUGAAAGCGACAAUACAACUUUCAAUCCAACUCCUGAUUUAUCAAAGGUUGACACUUGCACGGAAACUAAUCAAGCUAGCAGUACCACUAACACUAACAUGCACCAGACCCCCUGUAACACCUCGUCCACACAGCUCUUCAGCAGCUCCCCGGAUCCUGCUUCAUCAGGUCUCGGCAGCUCGGUCGAGGACGACAUCCAUUCCUGUCUUUCUUCUUAUGCCGAUAAACUUUCUGCGUCCUCCUCCUCUGAGGAAUCUGAGGCACGGAACUUUGAGAGCAACAUUCAACAUCCUGACGCCACUGUGUCCGAAAACCAGAAGCCCUCAGAGUCCGAAGAUGACCUCACCGACAGGUCAAACGAUUGGACUGUUAUUCAGCAGCAGGAAGGGGAUGGAGGUCCGGACAAUUCAGAGGCACCACAGUCCCCGGUGAUUCCACAUCAGGGGCCUGAGAUCCCCGCAAGAGAGUCAGAAACUAAAGGUGCAGAAACGGACUUGUUGCCGAACGUCUCUGAAGUCCAACUAGAAUCCAACGACUCUUCACAGUCUGAUGUGUUCAAAAGCCUGAUUUUGGAUUUCUCUGAGGAGUUUAAGGACAGUUCUGGAAACAUUCUUGUGACUCCAGAUGAUGAAUUCUCCUCCAAGCUCCCAUCGCUGUACGUCCUGACCUCCUCGCCUGAUCUGAAGCAGCGUUUGUUGGACACCAGUUUAGGACGACCGGAGUCGAGCCGGUCUAGUCCGGUGUCAUUUGGGGCUUUCGGUGAAACCAGACCCGGCCUGGACUUCGACAGCACACUGUUGCACACUCAGGUGUCUGAUCAGAGCUCCAGCAGCUUCCUCCACAGCCUUUAUGUCAGCACCGACUCGCAGGAUUACCAGACUUGUGUGUCUCACUCGUCCUCCAGCGUCUCGGAGCUGGACGAGACCCGGCUCUCUGCGAACUCAACGCUCCGCGGUGAGCUGAGCGACAUUCAGACAACUGCUGACGCUGCUCUGGGCCUAGAGGGGUCCACCGGUGCAUCCACGUCAUCGAGCAGAGAAGUCAACCAAACCAACAGAUUUGAAGAAUACGAAGACAAGACAAACUUCAUGAUGGGGGAUGAUUUUGAUCUGGAAGUUCUUCCCGCAGCACUUACAGACUCUGAGGAGAGCUGCGGUCCAAAGAGGCUCGGUGAGGAAAACCAGAAGGAUGACGAGUUCUCAAGAUCUGCUGUUCUCCACCGCUCCCACUCCGAGGGAACCCUGACGCCGGGCUUUGACGAGCUCCUCCUGCCCUCCUUCGGGAGCGAUCCCGGUGCGAUUCAGGACUCCUCGUCGGUUCCACCAGACCUCGCUCUCCCCUCUCUGACCUCCUUUGCUCCCUCUUUAACGCUAAGUAGCUCCUCUCUAGUGCUCCGCUCCUCCCCUCCCCUUGCUUUGGCGGGGUCACCACCCAGCACGGCUCAAGCUGCUGAGCCCGAGGAGACGCAGGAGCAGCAGCAGCAGCAGCAGGCAGCCAGUCAGCAGAACAGCCCCCACCCAGUGAGGCCCCUGACCACUGCCCUGCUGGCUGAGGAGAAGCGGACUGAGGGCCGCUCAGUGCUGGCCACCGGCCUGGAGAAGCUCAAGUCCACCAUCCACCCAGGGAGGAGCAGCCAGAUCAGCGAGGCGGAGACGGACAGGAGGAAGUCUCUGACGGAGGGGGCGGGCUCGUACUACCACCUGACCCACAGCGAACUGGUCGCCCUGCUGGGGCAGCGGGAGGCGGACCUGCGGCGGCAGGGGGCGGAGUUCGAGCGUCAGCGGGUCCUGCUGGCCAAGCGGGAGCUGGAGCUGAAGAGGCUGAAGCCGCAGGUUCGAGAUCUGGAGGACUACAUCGACACGCUGCUGGUGCGCAUCAUGGAGCAGAAGCCCACGCUCCUGCAAGUGGGCUCCAAGCUCAAGUGACAGAGGCAGGGGGGGGGGGGGGGGGGUUGCAAUCCGAUCCUCAUCUGUUCACUCUUAACCUCCACAACAGCUCUUUAGUCUUUUCACUGCUACGCUGUCCUUUUUGAUACCAAUAGUUAGGCACCGAGAGACGUCGAGGCCACGAGUCCGGGCCGGCUGAAGGUGGCUGGGGCGGUUCUGAAGGUAGCGGGUCCUCAGGUUGUUUUCAGGUUCACACGGCACGUUGUUUUUUUUUUUACGGCCGGGGUCUAAGGACCGGGUUCUUCUUGGGUUCUGAGGGUCCCCCGACUGUUGAAACACAGAUUCCUCCUUUUCACCUCACGUCUCACUUCUAUCACCUUAUCACAAGAGAGAGGAACUGCAGAGUGUUCAGUCCAUAACAACGUGGAAACAGCCGAUAUCGCACAAAGACCAUUGAAUUCAGAUCGAUGCAUCAGGUCCAGUUUCUCUGAGGCAGACGUUGGGUUCCUUUUGUUUCAGUGCAGCUUGAAAAUCAGGGUGUGGAGACUUGAAACCAGCUCGAGAAGAGAAUCUAUCACAGGUCACAUCUUCUCAGCUUUUGCCUUUUUCUCUUCGCACUGGAUUUCAGAGCCCCCCCCAGGCAGUUAUUUUUCAAUUAAUGGAUCAAUUAGUAGCUCUACAAAAGGUCACAAAAGUACAAUGUAAUUUGUCCAAAUCAAACUUUAAAACAAAGAGUUUAAUGGAAAAAAGAACAACAAUUUGACUUGGAAAGUAGAAAGAUUCAAAUCGGAUAAACACGCCUCUGAAAAACGUAUAAAUAAGUAAAGAACUAGUUAGCGCCCUAAGUUUCAAAUAUCAGCAAGUGGUUUUUCUCGCUUAACUGAAAUGAACUCGAGUCGGUAGCUGCAACGGAGAAUCGAGCUGAAAGGGAUUAAUUUUCCAGUUCAGUCUUUAAAAUGUAAAAACAAACAACGAUUGAAAACCCACAAAUAUUUUAUUUAAUUAUUCCCAAAUAUGAAUAAAUAGUCUCAUGAUAUCUCUAGUUGUGAUUUAGAGAAUCAUCUCCCUGAUGCACGGUUUCUAUUUAAUGGGUGCAAAACCAUCUGUGUGUUGCGGAUCACGACACUUUUUGGCAGACACACGUUGUUAUGGAUCGACUCUCUUCAGAUCCAUCGAGAGCUCUGACCGAACCAGCUGAGCGGGGGUGCGAGCUCGGCCUCGCCACCUGCACGUUGACUGGGAAGCGAUUGUAGCGUACGAAUGUUCAAAAGUGUUCUUAGCCACCAGGUGAAUGGUUUUCCUCUCCUACGCAGGACAAGUGGUGUUUAUGCUCGGUUUUUCCCCUCUUGAAAUUACCCAUAAUGCUCAGCCACAUAAGCUAAACAGUGUUUCACGGUGUUUUCAAGCGAAGACGGCGUCCCUCAGUGUCACCGCAGCUCCUCGGAUCUCAUGCUUCGGCCUUCUGCCCAUGUGGUCGUUAUCCACACGACUCCAGUGUGCUGGUACUUGAGUCCCACUCCCUCCGUGUCUGUGUGUCACAUCCGCUUCGCCUCAGGCACGCAUAGCGCUACAGCUUUCAGGUGUUUAUAAAGGGAUAUAUACCACAUGCUACAGCAUAUAUGCCAAACGCUGCCUUAUUUUUUUUGCUUUGUUUUGAUGCUCAUUAAAAAUCAAGCACUUCAUUUCGCUCGUCGGGGCCCGGGGCAGGUUUUGUAGAAGAGAAGCCAUCUGUUCAAUGAAUUUUUUUUUUUUUUUACUUCUUCUGAUGCUUUGUUAUGCUAUUGUUUGGAUCACUGCACAAAAACAAAUUGUAUGCAUACCAGUAGAAAACUGAGCGUAACAGUGAUUUCCUGUGACAUGCCAAAAAAAAGCCUUGAAACUUAAUCCAUGGAGCAGAUUGAUACACCAUGAAGUAUUCUGAUAUUCUGAUAUGAUGCCACUGUUAACAGCAUUCGUGGAUGUUCUUGCACUAUUCAACCAUCAGAACACGACUCUCCUGUACCCGUCUGUCUCACGUCGGUAUAGUUAGAUCUCCUUUACACCGUACUGCACUUUCUAAUCGCUCUGUGAUUUUAGCACUCGGCCUUUGACACCACGACAGCGACUAGCCAGUGAGCUUGAAGCGUUACAGACUCGUCCAUCACUCGUCCUUCCAUGUCAGUUCUCGCUAUGCGACGGCAAUACCAAGUGCGUAGACGACUGUAGAGACGUGUUCAAUGUGACUCGGCACUUACCAAGCGCAGUCCUCUCCCACGUCUUCCAUUUUGAAAGAAGGUUUUUAUUUAAACUGAUUGUACCUUGUCCCUCGAUUGUUUAGCCAGUGGAAUGUGCGUUAGGUAGUAUGUAAGAUUGGAAAGUUUACAACUCGUGAUGCAAUUCUGUUUCACAAAUUUUGUAUAUUUAAUAAAGAAUAUUUUGUGUUUCUUGCUCACUA